GUCCAUCAAGUUGCUAGAUUGCCUAAGGGUUGUGGCCUCCUCUGAUGCAGGGGGAGAAGAAGCUGUGCUGUGUGUCACCGAAGCUCUGGAGGAGUGGAGAUGCCAGUCUGGGAGCUUAGCCAGCUUAGGUGUCUCACUCUAGAUCCUCGGGUGCUGUGAUCUGGGCAGCCCAGUGUCAGUCAUCGUUAUUUGCUUUGACUGCUGGUGAGAGAGCCCUUGUCCUAGGCCCUUGGCAGAAACCUCCCCUCCUCCCCACAGAGCUGGCGUCCUGGAGUGGAUGGGCACUGCAGCGCUGUGCCGGCCCAGCCUCCUUCCCGGCCCGUGACGGAGCCCUCUUGCACCCCUGGACACUGCCUGCCCUUCGUCUUCCGCUUCCGUCCCGUCAGGGAUGAGCCCUCUUCCGAGAGUAUCCUCCGUUGUUCCUUAGAGGAACUGGUUGCUGCUACCACCACCGCCUCUGUCAGACUCUGUGACUCUGACCUGCUUUCUGCUCUAUGGAUCUUUCCCAGAAGUGAAAGCUCCUCCUGGGAGGUCCUGAGGCCAUACCACUAGCCAGUGGCUUGGGGACCCUAGUUCACUCUAGCACCAGCCCCUGUCUGAAGAGGGCUCAGCUCCCAACUGCUUCCCCUGCAAGACUGCCAGGUGUUUGGAUAGUGUACACCAGGUCCUCUCUACCCUGUUCAUCCCCUGACCUCUGAGAAGUACUCCAGCUCCACAAUGGCAGCAGAGACGCUCAACUUUGGGCCUGAGUGGCUGAGGGCCCUUUCCAGUGGAGGCAGCGUGGCCUCACCACCCACCUCCCCUGCUAUGCCCAAGUACAAGUUGGCUGACUACCGCUAUGGGCGAGAGGAGAUGCUGGCCCUCUACAUCAAGGAGGACAAGGUCCCUGAAGAACUUCAGGACAAGGAGUUUGCUGCAGUGUUGCAAGAGGAGCCACUACAGCCACUGGCCCUGGAGCCUCUGACUGAGGAGGAGCAGAGGAACUUCUCCCUGUCAGUGAACAGCGUGGCUGUGCUGAGGCUGAUGGGGAAAGGGGCUGCUCCCCCACUGGCUGGUGCCUCCCGUGGCAGGGGCAGCACGAGAAGUCGAGGCCGUGGCCGUGGUGACAGUUGCUUUUACCAAAGAAGCAUUGAAGAAGGCGAUGGAGCCUUUGGACGAAACCCCCGGGAGAUACAGCGAAGCCAGAGCUGGGAUGACAGGGCAGAGUGGACAAGAGGUGAGAGGCGGUUUGAGAAGUCUGCAAGGAGGGAUGGAGCGAGAUCUGGGUUUGAGGAGGGAGGGGCUGGUCCAAGGAAGGAACACGCCCGCUCAGACAGUGAGAACUGGCGCUCACUUCGAGAAGAGCAGGAGGAGGAGGAAGAGGGCAGCUGGAGACUCGGGGCAGGACCCAGGAGAGAUGGUGAUCGCUGGCGCUCCACUAGUCCUGAUGGCGGCCCCCGCUCUGCUGGCUGGCGGGAACAUGGGGAGCGGCGUCGAAAGUUUGACUUUGAUUUGAGAGGGGAGCGAGGAGGAUGUGGUGAAGAGGAGGGGCGGGGUGGGGGAGGCAGCUCUCACCUCCGGAGGUGCCGUGGGCUUGAUGGCUUUGAUGACGACAAGGAUGGACUCCCAGAGUGGUGCCUUGAUGAUGAGGAUGAAGAAAUGGGCACCUUCGAUGCCUCUGGGGCCUUCUUACCUCUCAAGAAGGGCCCCAAGGAUCCCAUUCCUGAGGAGCAAGAACUCGAUUUCCAGGGCCUGGAGGAGGAGGAGGAGUCUUCAGAAGGGCUGGAUGAGGAGCGACCUGAGGCCGGUGGGAAGGAGAUGCCCCCACUGCCGCCUCCAGAGAAGUCCAGCUCUCCGUCCCCACUGCCCACCUUGGGCCCACUCUGGGGCACGAAUGGGGAGAGUGAUGAAGCAGUGGAGAAGGAACUCCCCACAGCUGAAGGUAUGGUGGGAGGCACCUGUGGACGGGGACUGGUGGAGAAAAGGUACACAGGGCAUUGGUAUUGGGGGGUUGUAGCAAGAACCCCUUUGUUUGGAGGGUGGAUGGGGGACUGUCCACUGCAUUCCCCCACUUCUUCACUUCUAGGAGAUGACAUGCGGGGGAUCCAGUUGAGUCCAGGUGUUGGCUCACCCCCGGCACCCCCUGGAGAUCUGGAAGAUGAGGAAGGCUUGAAGCACCUGCAGCAGGAAGCAGAGAAGCUGGUGGCCUCCCUGCAGGACAGUUCCCUGGAGGAGGAGCAGUUUACGGCUGCCAUGCAGACCCAGGGCCUGCGCCACUCCACAGCUGCCACUGCCCUCCCCCUCAGCCACGGUGCUGCCCGCAAGUGGUUCUACAAGGACCCGCAGGGGGAAAUCCAAGGCCCCUUCACAACGCAGGAGAUGGCAGAAUGGUUCCAGGCCGGCUACUUCUCCAUGUCCCUGCUGGUGAAGCGGGGUUGCGAUGAGGGCUUCCAGCCUCUGGGAGAAGUGAUCAAGAUGUGGGGCCGUGUGCCCUUUGCCCCAGGUCCCUCACCACCCCCACUGCUGGGAAACAUGGACCAGGAGCGGCUAAAGAAGCAGCAGGAGCUGGCUGCGGCAGCCUUGUACCAGCAGCUGCAGCACCAGCAGUUCCUUCAGCUGGUUGGCAGCCGCCAGCUCCCACCAUGUUCUCUCCGGGAAAAGGCAGCUAUGGGGGACCUGUCACCGCCGCAGCAGCAACAGCUCACGACGUUUCUGCAGCAGCUCCAGGCUCUCAAAACCCCCAGAGGUGGGGACCAGAACCUGCUCCCGACAAUUAGCCGGUCCUUGUCGGUGCCGGAUUCAAGCCCACUCUGGGACGUACAUACCUCAGCCUCAUCACAGUCUGGUGGUGAGGCCAGUCUUUGGGACAUACCAAUUAACUCUUCGACUCAGGGUCCAAUCCUAGAACAGCUCCAGCUGCAGCAUAAAUUCCAGGAACGCAGAGAAGCGGAGCUCAGGGCAAAGCGGGAGGAGGAGGAGCGCAAGCGCCGCGAGGAAAAGCGCCGUCAGCAGCAGCAGGAAGAGCACAAACGGCGCCAGGAGGAGGAGGAGCUCUUUCGGCGCAAGCAAGUCAGUGUCCUUAGCACAGUGGCCUGCCCAGGCCCGGGGCUGCUGCUGACCCCACCCACCAAGUGUCCCCUCCUCUGCCAGGUGCGGCAGCAAGAGCUGCUCCUGAAGCUGUUGCAGCAGCAGCAGCAACAGCAGCAGGCAUCAGCCUCAGUUCCUGUGCCACCUGCGCCCAGCUCACCACCUCCACUGUGGGCCAGUCUGGCAAAGCAGGGCCUGUCCAUGAAAACUCUGCUGGAGCUGCAGCUGGAGAGCGAGCGGCAGCUGCACAAGCCGCCUGUGCCCCGGGAGCCCCCAAGGGCCCAGGCCCCCAACCACCGCUCGCAGCUUGGGGGCCUGGGCGCUGCUCCCCUGAACCAAUGGGUUUCUGAGGCCGGGCCACUGUGGGGCGGGCCUGACAAGAGUGGGGGCAGUGGCAGUGGCAGCCUGGGCCUCUGGGAGGAUACCCUCAAGAGCAGUGGAAGCCUGGCCCGCAGCCUUGGCCUAAAGAACAGCCGGAGCAGCCCAUCCCUCAGUGAUUCCUACAGCCACCUGUCAGGUCGGCCUGUUCGCAAAAAGACAGAGGAAGAAGAGAAGCUAUUGAAGCUGUUGCAGGGCAUUCCCAGGCCCCAGGACGGCUUCACCCAGUGGUGUGAGCAGAUGCUACACACCCUGAGCACCACCGGCAGCCUGGACGUGCCCAUGGCUGUCGCAAUCCUCAAGGAGGUGGAGUCCCCCUAUGAUGUCCAUGAUUAUAUCCGUUCCUGCCUGGGGGACACGCUGGAAGCCAAAGAAUUUGCCAAACAAUUCCUGGAGCGGAGGGCCAAGCAGAAAGCCAGCCAGCAGCGGCAGCAUCAGCAACAGGAGGUGUGGCUGAGCAGCGCCUCCCUGCAGACAGCCUUUCAGGCCAACCACAGCACCAAACUUGGCCCUGGAGAGGGCACCAAGGCCAAGAGGCGGGCACUGAUGCUGCACUCCGACCCCAGCAUCUUGGGGUACUCCUUGCAUGGACCUUCUGGUGAGAUCGAGAGCGUGGAUGACUACUGACCAGCCCAUCCCACUAGCCCCCUGGGCUGGAGGCCAGGAGUGGCGGCCGCAGCUUGGACCCUCGGGUCCCUAGCCUGCAGGCUCCCAGGAAGGAGCAAAGGAGGAAGCAGGGGCAGGAUCCCCAGCACUUGUUACAAACCACACGAUGCACCUUAACUCACCCACCACGAGGCACUUUACAGAGGGGGGAAGGGGUUUUUCUUUCCUUUUUUUUUUUUUUAUUUUAAAUGACUGAAAAAAACGUUAGGAGACAAAAGGAUUUGUUAAAAAGCUAGAUUCUAGACACGCUUUCUCCCUCAGGGGGGAUGGUGUGAUAACAGAAGGUCCACGGAAGUUUUUUUGUUUGUUUUUUAAGAAAAAUGAUGAAAAAUAAUGAAAAAAAAGUUAGGCUGAAAGAAAAAACACACUGUUAUUUUGGGGCAGUGGGAACACAGGCCCCGUGGACCUGUUCUGCCUGGCCCCUGAGGCUGCACUUACCCUGCCCUUAGAAGGUGGGCUGUUGGGGUAAUGGCUGGGGCGCCAGCAGUUUGCACAGCGAGACCCCCUCAGUGCCCUGCUCACCGGACCCGCUGUGAACAGCUCCCUGUUGCUGUGACUGUGGCAGAGGUGUCUGGGGUGGGGGCCAAAGUCACCCCUUGGCUUUGCUGCUUUGGGGGAAAGUUGCACAAAUUGGACAAGUCGCCUCAGUCCCCAGCUGCCAUUCCAUGUGCUAGCUGAUGGGGAGACGGGGAAAGGCCAGUUGGCGACCGCCUUCUGUCAGGGCAGGAUUCGGACUCAGGCCUGCUGAGGGGCUCCCCCUACCGCUGCCAUUUGGGAGACGGCCUGGUGUAAGCCGAAAGCCCCAGCUCCCUGCCUUGCCACAUGAAUGUAUUCUUUGGUUCCCAAGCCCCCACCUUGCCCCCAGAGGAGGGGCACAGCAAUUCCUCCAGUAGCUGGGAAGGCACCACUUCAUGGCCAAGUCUUCGCUAUCUAGAGGGGCAGGAGAGCCUCAAAGGGCCAGGAGUAGGCAGCUCGGGGCUGAGGCUGCAGUGCAAGGGACUGUCACAAGAGAGCCUUGCCCUGCAGCCAGCCAUGUGGGGGUGUGGACUGCCCAGCUCUGCACCUGACCCCUCGACCAAAUGAGAGAGGAGCAAGAGGCCUCCCCUCGAUGUGUCUUAAAUGUUGGGUAAGGCUGGGGUCAAGAGCGGAGGUGUGUGUCUCCCAUUGCUCACUGACUUCUAACCCCUACCUGGGCUUGUCUCCAUCUUUUUUUUUGGUAGUUUGUCUAAUCUUUUGUGUUUUCAUCAAACUUUUCCCAUUGACCUCAUUGCUGAGUGCAGUAUUAGGGCGAGACUACCGCUGCCUCCCUCCAUGAAUGUAUUGCUCCUUACUGCCCUGGGGAAGUGGGGAGCUGCCCCAGUUUCUUUCCCCAUCUUAUCUCCAGAGAGAGGACGUUUUUUUUUUUUUCUUUUUUUUUUUUUGCACCAAAGUGGCAACUAGGUCAGUGUUGGGGAUAAAGCUGGCCUCGGGGUGGCAGGGCCCCUCCACCUACUUCACCCUGGUUUUGACAGUGUUAGUGUCAGUGAAAAGACAAUAUUCUCUCUAAAGCAAUAAGGGGGUGAUGGGCCAGGGGGAAAUGUCUUGCUGCUGCUGGCCCCCCAACUCCCCCUUCCCUUCUUGCCAGUGUGGUGGCAUUAGAGGGGUAGGGGAGACUCCUGUUGUGACUGAAUGUAACUGCCCUGCCCCCUGCCACAGCCAAUGCAGGGGAAGGUGGGACACUUCCUGUCUCUUCCUGCCCCUUCCCCCAGAGCUAAAGAGACUGAGUUGGGGGGCCCAUGAGCCUGGAGAGGCCUUAACCCUGUGAGGAAGUAUAGGGGGAGCCCUCUCCCACCCCAUCCCCUCUGAGAGUGGUCAAUGUUUACAAGCCCUGAGCCCUGCCCAGGGACUCGGGUCCCAUUGCUGUCCUGUCCCAGUCUUCCUGGGCCCUGCUGCCCCCCUCCUGGGAUUGGGGUGGUAAAGGGGUCAUUCUGUGUUCCUAUGUCUGCCUUGUACCCACAGUCUCCUUCCCUACCUCCGUGUGUGACUUCCCUUCCACCUGCCCCAUGUAAAUACUCCUAAUAAAACUUGGUGUGUGUUCUCCCUGUC